UCUCUUGUCUACUAAAGGGUUAAUAUUUUUCCCUUGAGUAAACUUGACUGCAACACAAGAUCAGAAGAUGUGAUGUCAAGCCAUAAAGUGACUCUUUGAUGACUGGCACCCCUGUACCGUACCGGAGAAGCCAAGAUGGCUGCAAGCAAUUAUUUUGGCUUUACGCAUGCAACCGGUCCCCAGUACAGUACCCAGCCUCCCCCGGUAUACUCGCAUCCCUCGACGGUCACCUACAGCGUCCAGCAGGCUCCCGCUGUGCUUCAUGCCGUCACCGCCUCUUACGCGCCGGCCACAGUGCAGGCAGCCCAGCCUGUCGUCAGCGCUGCUUACACAGGCUAUCAGACCCAACAGCCCCUUCCGGAUUACACCUACAGGCCGCCGGCCCCCCCGGUAGCCCCGGCAGCCCCGAUUCCCACCACCACGCCACAAACGUAUCAGGUUUACGCCAACGCGCAAAACAACUACAACUAUGCCCGCCCUGCUGUUGUGACCACCUAUGACAAUAAACAGUACUACCAGACAAGUAUUGUUUCAGCCCAGAGCGGUGCAACUGACAAUUACUACCAGACCGUCGGAGUGAAGAGCGCUUAUACGCCAGCCCCCACCACUGUGUACAGCCACCCGCCUCCUCCCCAGAGGCAGGUAACAACGCUGACGCCAAGCAGCUCGGUAUCCACCAGCUACAACAUCUACCCGGUGUCCAGCAGCGCACCGCAACCGCAAACACCGAUUUCGUCCUACACCCUCGGCUCCACCUUCAGCUCUCCCACUUCAGUCGCCUCCUACUCAGGCCUCAGCUACCCUAGCUAUGACUCAACUGGCUACACCUGCACAUCCGCCGCCUCUUAUUACCAGUCGGCCCAGCAGACUUUGUCCCAGCCUCAGCAGCCGCAGCAGCAGCAGCAGCCGCCGCCGCCGCCUCCGCCCCCACCCCGCCAGCCACCGAAACCGCAGCCCUCCAAGCAACUGACAAGCGCUUCCUGGAGCAAUCCCGGCAGCAACAUGGCGACGAGCUCUGUGGGGAGCGCCUACAAAAAGCCCACAUUUCAACAGAACAAGCUGCAGAGGCCCAGAGGCCCUCCCAAGCAGCCCCAGCUUCAUUACUGUGACAUUUGUAAGAUAAGCUGUGCAGGUCCUCAGACAUACCGGGAGCACCUGGAGGGCCAGAAACAUAAGAAAAAAGAAGCUGCUCUGAAAACUGGCGGUCAGACGGCGGCCUGCAAUGGGCCCAGAGGAGUCCGGACUCAUUUACGAUGCGAGUUGUGUGACGUCUCCUGCAAUGGAGUGGAUGCCUACGCUGCACACAUCCGUGGCUCCAAACACCAGAAGGUGGUAAAACUGCACACGAAGCUCGGCAAGCCAAUCCCCUCCACUGAGCCCGUGUUGGUGAACCCUGCAGCAGUCGUAACAACAUCAACGGCUGACGUGGCCUCUGUCACAAGCACUUCAACUACGAGCGCUGCACCCAAACCAGCUGUAAACACUGCCGCUAAAACAGCAUCAGCAGUCAAGAAACUAGUUCCAUCCAAAACAGUUUUCACUUCCAGUAAGCCAGCCAGCGCUCCUGCAACUGCAGCGCCCCCUGUGGCGACAGCGGCAAAAGUAGAGCAGACCAUGAAACAAGUGCCAGAGGAGGAUUGCAUCAAGGCUGUGGGCCAGGGGGACAUCCAACCAAUUGGCCAUGACUAUGUGGAGAAGGUGCUUAACGGUGAUGGCAAAGUAAUUCGCUUCCACUGUAAGUUAUGCGAGUGCAGCUUCAAUGACCCAAAUGCUAAAGACAUGCACUUGAAGGGAAGAAGGCACAGACUGCAGUACAAGAGGAAAGUGAACCCGGAGCUCCCAGUGGAGAUCAAACCUAGUAACCGAACCAGAAAGCUGCAGGAGAGCAAACUGAAGAAGGAGAAGACGCUGAUGAGACAGCAAGAUGAUGAGCAGCACUGGCACAUGGAGAGGAGUCCUCCCCGCUUGUGUAGGCGAUAUGAGGAGGACAUGUACUGGAGAAGAAUGGAGGAUGAGCAAAUGUACUGGGGGGAGCAGAGACGCAGGAUGGCUCCCCCACCACUCAUGAGCCACCCUGGUAUGCCUGUGCCCCCUCUGCUGUCGUGCGUCCGGCGGCCCGACUCACCUGACGACCGCCUUGUGAUGGCCAAACAUGCCACUAUUUACCCGGGGGAAGAAGAGCUGCAGGCGGUUCAGAGGAUCGUCUCCCACUCUGAGCGAGCCCUGAAGUUGGUAUCAGACAAUCUGCUUGAGAAGAACAUCACGACUGCUGAUACUGAGAGCGGGGACUUGAAGAGCACCGCGAGCGCGGCCCGGCUCUUAAGAGGUGUGAUGCGGGUGGGCAUCCUCGCCAAAGGCCUACUACUUCGGGGCGACACGAACGUUCAACUCAUCCUGCUCACUUCUAAAAAACCCACCGUCUCUUUACUCAAGAGCAUUGCCAAGCAGUUGCCCAAGGAACUGGCGACAUUUUCUGAAGAUCAGUAUGAGGUGCAGGCUCACCCAGAGGAGGCCAGCGUCGUCAUAUUAUCGAGCAAGGAGCCCAUAAUGCAGGUGACCGUUUCUCUCACUUCGCCGCUCAUGAGGGACGACCCUGCUGCCGAGAAGGACAUGCAGGCAGGAGGAAAAGCGGCUGAGAAAGAUGAUGCUGAGAAUGACCCACCCGAUCCUCUGAAUAAGAAAACAUGUUUAGAACACUUGGCCGCACUUCGUCACGCCAAAUGGUUUCAGGCUCGUGCCAAUGGACUACAGUCCUGUGUCAUUGUCAUUCGAGUCUUAAGAGAUUUAUGUCAGCGGGUGCCCGUCUGGGGGAAGGUUCCAAGCUGGGCAAUUGAGCUGUUGGUGGAGAAAGUCAUCAGCAGUGCGACGGGCCCGCUUAGCCCAGGAGAAGCCUUACGCAGGGUGCUGGAGUCCAUGGCCACAGGAAUUCUUCUACCAGAUGGGUCAGGGUUGUUGGACCCUUGCGAGAAACAUCCAACAGAUGUCUUGGAGAGAAUGGAUCUUCAAGACAGGGAGGACGUAACUGCCAGCGCGCAGCACGCGCUACGGCUGCUUGCCUUCCGUCAGAUUCACCAGGUCCUUGGCAUGGAUUCCAUGCUCGCGACCAAGGCCGCCGUUCGCAACCGUAAACGCCUACGGGACGUCAGCGACACGAGCGAAGGCGAGGGGGAAGGCGAAGUCAAAAAGGAAAAAAAGGAAGAGGCCGUGAGUGCUUGACAUCCAGAAGGACAGCUCGCCAGUUUAGUAUCAGCUCAAAUGUCACCAUUUUAAAAAAAAAAAACAGAACUAAAUCGAGUCGAAAAGGGUGACU